AACACUAUAUAGCAGUGCGUAAUAUUUUGUUUAUCUGCUGAGGAGAUGAAGAUGUGGCUUACAAUGAAUGGUAUGUUGGUUAGCUUGGAUAGGAAUAGUGCACCGCUACCGUGUCUCUGAUGAUACCAAAUGAUGGUUGGAUAUUUUUAAAAAGGGUGGAAUAGCAGGAACUUACAUGGAUGAUAAAUAAUAGUUAUGAUAGUGGCCACAUGGAGCGACAGGUACACAGGCACAGCAUGGUCAAUAAUGUCCAUGAUAGCAGCACCAUACCACUGCAGGUAAAAGAAUGCGACAGGGGAAAACGUCAAGAACUUAAGCACCAAGUACUUGCAGGUGAAAAAUAGACAAAACACGAACAACACAGCAUGUUGUCAAAGCUGCAGAGAUAAGAAAUGGUUUACAAACAGCAUGACAAACGGGUAUGAGAGCUGGUGACUCUACGAUGGGUAUCCACCCAAUCAGCAAAGCAGCUAUGAAGUAGAACAGAAACUCUUGAAGCGGACGUGAAAUAACAAGAAGUGUAAAAAAAUAAGUAUAACAGCCGUGUUUUCCUGCCGUUUAAAACGCCAAUGCAAUGGCUCUCUUUAUUGGUCGUGCUAUAUCGAUGGUCAUCCUAUUGCCAGUAGUACUUGGGCUGCAGUGUAAAACAGACCUAAACGAACCAAGUGAUGGAUGGGUUUUGUUCCGUGGGAAUGGACUGUCUUAUCAUUACUACGACCUAAGCAAGGACACGGCUGUUCAGUUUCCAUCUCUUGAAACUUCCAACAACCCACUGUCCAGGACUGUGAAAGCUAUACUGACAUCUAAAGCAGAUUACUUUGCCUACACGAAUGACCUGAAAACCUCUCCCACCAAUACUGAUUCAGUGCCUGACAGAAACGGGAUCGUUAGUGCAACGAGUUCUUUGAAAGGCGUAUGGCUCAUGUAUUCCAAUGUGUUUUUCCCGCCUUUAUCCAGUGAUCAGCAGUCUAUAGCCAAUCCUUCUUCCAAUCUAUGGACAUGGUUAGACGUGACGCCCUCUAAAUCUGCAUACUUUAUCUGCGUCACUUUGAAAGUAAAACAACACUUGAUAAAACUGAUGAAUCUACUGGCAUCCAGUAAUGCAUUUGUCCACAUUCACAAGAUGGGAAUAUCGAGUCCUUUCAAGGCGUAUAUAACGAUAGACAAGAACAAACCAGCAAAGACCUUGAACAAGGAGAAAACACUAACUAAGGAAUGCAGAUCUUCCAUGCCUUCUACUUUACAACAAAAGUGCUAUGUCUAUGCUACAUUUUCUCGCGCUAAGAUUUCAGUCUUUUCCCGACACCGCUUGACGACCCCAGACUAUCACCAAUUUUGUUUUGAAGCAAAAAAACAGAAAGCCGUCAUCUAUUCUAAACCACUUUGGCCCAACUUCCCUGGACAAAUACCGCAGUCCCAAGUCACCGCCGUCACUGUACCAGGGGCAAAUCCGCUGGCAUGUGUUGGUGAUCUGUUAACGAUGAAAGACAAUCCAGGGCAAAGUUCACUGUUAGUUUGUUUUGAACACAAGAAGCUGUGGAGUAAACUGAAGCUUGAAGGUCUGGAGUCUGUUGAGCACUGCUUACCGCACGAGACGAGUGGUAACAUUACCGUGCUCUCUACUGUCUUGCCGGAGCUCCCAACAUUCGAUGUAUCAUACUUUCUUGGAGGCUAUUAUCGUCAGAGUGUUGGAAGUAUCUUAAAAGACAAGGAAAUGUUCCAAGAUGACAUGGGUUCAAUCAAGAAAAAUACCUUCAAAGAUGAAUCCCUUUCGUUCGACACACUCGAAAAGAAACCUCUCUCUCGGCAACCAGUCCGUUCACGAAAGAGUAGACAGAAGAAAACACGUCCUGCCAAAAGACCCGUGGUCAAAGUGCAGGACUUGCUGACAUUUGACGAGACAGUGAGACAUAACGACAACCCUGUGUUGGCCUUGUUCUGCUAUGAMUGGUGUAGGUAUUGCAGAAAGUUUAAAUCCCAGUUCAAAAAGAUGGCAAAUGAUCCAUCUUUACGUCACGUUUCGUUCGUAGACGUGGACCUGAAAUUGAAUCAUCUUCCAGAAGCGUUCAGCGUGUUUUUAUCCCCAACACUUCGGUAUAAACCAGCCAGCCAUGGAGUGAGCAGUCAAACAAGACGAUAUGGUGACUAUGACUUGGCUGGGUAUAGGACUAUUGAAGGAGAGCUAACCUUCAAGAAUAUACUCAAGUUUAUCCAAAGUCGUGACCAGAUUGCAGCCACUGCAAAGGAACUGGAUGAAGACGACUUGGCCAAGAAUAUUCGCCAAACAAGACAACAUAAAAGAAAAUCGAUGAGUGGUAAACUAGCCAAAAAUGUGACGCUUCAGAGAAUCGUUAUGAUGAAGUGGAAAGAUCAGUUCGUAGUUGAGAACAGUACUAGUAAAGGCACAUGGGUAGGACUAUUUAUCAAGCUGAUAGAUGGACUCGUGCGGAAAGAAAAACCACAGCGGUUCCAGUUGACAAACGAUGAUCUUAAGACUGUCCUUAGAGAUCUGCAGAAGUUGAAGCAUCACAAAACCAAGAAGCAGUGGGUGGAGAACCCUUUGGUUAGGAACGUUUUUGGGGGAAAUACGGCCAAGAAUCGACCCAGUAAAAAAGAACGAGAGGCAUUUAAGGUUAUGUGUGAGUACAUCGCCAUGGCAAUCAAAGACACAGACAAAGAGCUACGAAAGAUGAUUGGUAUCCAGAAUAUCGAUGAUUUGCAAACAUUUGCAAGCAUCAAGAACAAUCUAGACAGGUAUCUGAAGAUGUUGAAAGGAAAGGCGAAGAGAGAACAAAGAUCGGGAAAAAUAGUUUAUGUGAAACCUGUGCAACAGAUGUUAAAACAUGUUGGCCUGUUGCAACCGACAGGAAGAGAAACCAAUCAUUUCAUUUGUAUCAAAUAAUCCAGUAAAAAAAUAAAGAAAUGAUGAUUGUAAUAAUGGAAAUGCUAAUCACAAUGAAUUAAAG